UCAAUAUCGAGCCUUUAUUAUACACGAGGUCGAAGUUGAAUGACUAUUUAAAUGCUAUUAAACUAAGAUCUCUGAAUUCAGUAAUACAGUGUCGUCAGCCAGCACAAAAUAGUGACUAACAUAUUUAAGACUCGUCUCGUGUAGAGUAAGAACUUGAACUGUCAGAGACAGAACUGAGCUGUAAAUCUAGGCAUUUUAACUCUAGUUGAAAUGAUUUCGUGUAUAGAUAGUAUCUUAUUGUUUUAGGCUGAAAUACCAUAACACUUAAAAUAUAGAAACAUACGGUUACGGUCGCUAAACAAACACUAGCCUGAAGCGGAAACGGUAGUGCGCGCUCUAGCAACGCGAGAACGCGCGCGUACGGGAAGUCGGGAGACGGAAGAAAGGACACCGAAGCUAAAUUCGUCAACUUUUAUCCGACGGUUGAUAAUAUAAUGUUAUAAAGUCGAGAUUUAUUUUCACCACCGAUUUAGUGCGCUAAACCAAAGCUUCCCCCAGCCCGCGUUGACGUAUAGUCAUCGCUCUAUCAUUUCUCCACACGAGCCGGUGACUCCGCCAGUUUUCAAACGGCACGUUUCCUUCCUUCAACCCGGCCACAAAGUCACUUUUUUGUAGUACGGCAUUUUAAACGACACAAAGUACAUUUGAAAUAUACCAGCACACACUCAGCUUCGUGGCUAAAAGUUUAUCGUUGUGGGGGAAAGUUGGUGACCGAGGCCUAGGCGACCGACGAGGGUUACAUGUGUGAAGACCACGGCCGAGAAAGCACUUCCCUAAAAGACACACAAACAUGUCGGCACAGGCUCAAAUGCGAGCGAUGCUGGACCAGCUCAUGGGAACCGGGAGAGACGGAGACACCAUGAGACAGAGGAUCAAAUUCUCAGAUGAGCGGGUGUGCAAAAGUCAUCUUUUGGAUUCCUGCCCUCAUGACAUUCUUUCUGGCACUAGAAUGGACCUGGGAGAGUGUGUAAAAGUCCAUGAUUUAGCCCUAAGGGCAGACUUCGAGAUUGCCUCCAAGGAACAGGAGUACUUCUUUGAGCUUGAUGCUGCGGAGCACCUUCAGUCUUUCAUUGCUGACUGUGAUCGCCGAACCGAGCUGGCUAAAAAGAGAUUAGCAGAGACGCAAGAGGAAAUCAGCGCUGAAGUCACAGCAAAGGCUGAACGUGUACACGAGCUGAAUGAGGAGAUUGGAAAGCUGCUCGCAAGUGCGGAGCAGCUCGGAGGUGAGGGCAAUGUAGACGAGGCCCAGAAGUUGCUGGAAAAGGUGGAGACGACCCGUACCAUGAAGGAAGAAGCAGAGGAUAUUUACAGAAACUCGAUGCCAGCUUCCAGUUUCCAGCAGCAAAAACUGCGUGUGUGCGAAGUGUGCUCUGCUUACUUGGGUCUCCAUGACAACGAUCGGCGUCUUGCUGACCACUUCGGGGGCAAACUUCACCUGGGGUUUAUUGAAAUUCGCGAGAAACUUGAAAAGCUGAGGAAAGCAGUUGUGGAGAAACAAGAAAAAUUGCGAACAAGACGCAGAGAGGAACGUGAACGAGAUGACGAACGGGAUAGGCAGUGGGAAUUGGAACGUGAAAGGGAGCGAGAACGGGAGCGAGAGAGAGAGUGGGAGCGAGAACGAGAGCGGGAACGCAGGAGGUCGCGAUCCAGAAGUGGAGACCGAUACAGGGAUGGAGGCAGUUCGUCUUCCCACCGUUCAAGACGCCACCGCUCAUCUCGUUCUAGAGAGGAGGGCGGGGACCGCGAUCGAGAACGAGAGAGGAGGCAUCGACACAAGGACAGACACCGCUCCCACUCUCACUCUCACAGGCACAAAAGAAAGAGGUCCUCCAGAGAAAGAUCAUCGCACACCCGCGACUUGGAGCUCUCACUCCCCAAGGAACGGAGUCAGGAGCAAGCCUUGGAGGAAUGGGGUGACAGCAGGACGGAGUACAGAGACUGGGAGGACCGGGAGAGGUCCACCUCUCCAGACAUGGCUAGGGAGAGGGAACGGGAGCGAUCUUUGUCCUUAGAGAGGGACCGACAUUCCAGUUCUGAGGAGCGAGAGUCGGGAGAGAUUUGAAGAGGACAAAACAAGCUUGGCGGAACACGUCUCUUGAUGUCAAAUUAUUGUGAAUAGAGACAUUGGUUCAUAUUCAAAGUGGCAUGUGUACAUUUAACAGGGUGGAACGUUACAUUGGGAAUGAGGGGAUGUUGUCAAUUCAACAGGCAAGAGCAACUUUUAUGUGACUUCACGUGAAGUUCAUUUUUAUUUCAACAGUUAUUUUGACAAUGAGGAGGGGUGUGUUUUAAAUUUGCUUACAAGUGCUUCUUUUGUACAAAAAAAAAUCAUUGUAUCAUUAGUUUAAACGUUUUCUUUUUAAGUUUCAGUAGGAAUGGGCUCGUUUGUACAGGGUUUGGGAAAGUGCAUAACCACUGCAGUCAAUUUGGGUCGUGGAGAAAAACUGAAGGUAAGUUGAGUUGUCCUUUUGUUCACCUUCUUUAGUUGUUUGGAAAAACUGGCAUUUAAUUGGGCAUUAAUUUAAAAUACAAAUUCUUAUAAGUUCAUAAGUUUCUGUAACUUCACUAGUCAUCAAAACUGUCACAGCUCAGUAACAAGCAUGUUUGCCAUGUUUACAUCUAAGGUUGAUGAGGGGGCUUAUACUUUGCUGUGCUGCCAUAAAGUGUAAUAAAGUUUCUGCUUAAUAAGAAA